GUCUCUGUCUCAGUUUCUGUCUCGUUCUCCCUCCAAUAUUGGGUGAUUAAAAGAAAGGAAAAAUGAAAGAAAGAAAGAAAGAAAGACUGUUCUAAAAUGGGUGGUUGAGAUCUUUACAAUUUUCUUAUCUCAUAGACCGAUACGGAUAUAUAUGCAUAUAGCAAUUAAUACCAUCUGAGUCCGUAAUCGGGGAUUUGUUUGGUUGAUAACUUGAUAUCUGUAAUCUGGAGAAGAGAUAAAAAAGGGGAAAUUUAUGUCUAAAGUAAGCCGCCCUUUUGUCUUCUGUUCUCCUUUCUUGUUUUGCUUCCAAAGUGAAGAAGCAAAGAAUCUCGUUUACACACCACCCUCGCUCUCCUUCCUUUUUCGAUGGGUCUCCAACCGUUCAUGGCAUCCAGUCGUGAUUUCUGAUACAACCACCCCUAGUUAUUGGUUGAACUGGAGGUUCUUGCUUUGUGCUAUUUGGGUCUUGACCUCUAUUGUUCUGGCAUCACUACUUAUAUGGAAAUAUGAAGGUUCCAGUGAUUCAGAAAUUGAUGGAGGAGAACCACGACAAGGAAAGGCAGGGACUUUAUAUGAGGAUGACGCUUGGAAACCAUGUUUGAAAGACUUGCAUCCUGCUUGGCUGCUGGCUUUUCGCAUUAUUGCUUUUUUUGUACUUUUGGCAUUGCUCAUUGCGAAUGUCAUUGUCGAUGGUGGUGGCAUAUUUUUCUUCUAUACCCAGUGGACUUUUACAUUGGUUACCAUUUAUUUUGGGCUUGGUUCCUUGCUCUCCAUUUAUGGGUGUUACCAAUACCACCAUAAGUUUGGUGGUUAUAAGGUUAAUCAUUCCACUAUAGAUACAGAACGAGGCACCAACAUGGCUUCUAUGCAUGGGGAAAAUGCAAAUGCUUGUUACUCUGCAAAAACACCAGAUCCACAGGAAGAACGUUAUGUUCACCAAACUGCUGGAAUUUGGAGUUAUGUCUUUCAAGUUAUUUUUCAGAUGAACGCAGGUGCUGUGGUGCUCACUGAUAUUGUCUUUUGGCUUAUCCUCUUUCCAUUUUUAACCAUGAAAGACUACAAACUGACUUUUUUGAAGAUUGGUAUGCACUCAAUCAAUGCCAUUAUACUGCUUGGGGAUAUGGCCUUAAAUUGUUUGCGGUUUCCUCUAUUUCGGUUUGCAUACUUUAUUUUAUGGACGGGAAUAUAUGUCAUUUUUCAGUGGCUUGUCCAUGCGUGUAUCUCAAUUUGGUGGCCCUACCCAUUUCUUGACUUGUCAUCUUCCUAUGCUCCAGUCUGGUACUUAUCAGUAGCAUUGAUGCAUUUCCCAUGCUAUGGCAUUUUUGCUCUAUUGAUAAGAAUGAAACACUUCUUGAUGUUGAGAUGGUUCCCGCAGUCUUAUCAGUGCAUGAUGUAAAUAAUUAUUAGUAUGGGCUUGAUGCCAUUCAGAGCUAGAGCGCUAUCAUGCUGUCACAGUAUUUGGAGAUUGGACUUGUCUCCAAGCAUAUUGGUGAUCGAACAGGGUCUAUACUCUAUACUCCUUAGAGAAGACCCUUUCUGGAACAACACAGGCAGAAAGAUGCCUAAAGAAUACAAAACUAUACAGAGGCCAGUCUCUUGAUCGAAUUCAUUAAAAUUCAUGAAUACUCUUUUGAUCAUAUGUGAAAUGUAAUUUUUUUUGUUACAGUAACGUAUAAUUGUAGUAGUUCUUUUUUUCCUCCAAACCUUAAGGAGGACAAGAAUUAUACUGAAUUGUUUACAUAAUUUUUCCCCUGUGAUAGAAACUGUGCUGAUCACAUAAUUUAUUAAAGUAAAUAAAUAUUCAAGUUCUGUACA